CCGCCCCGCCCCGUCCCGCCCAGCCGCCAUGGGGACGGUGGACAGCGCCUAUCCGCGCUCCCCGCGCGGCGCCAUCAAGAUCGCCCGCUUGCUUGUGGCUUUUGCAACGUUCAUCUGCUUUGUUGUCUCAAGAUCCCAUGAAGCAUAUACAGCACUUGCAAUCAUGGAAGUUAUCAUCACUUUGUUAUUUUUUCUACUGUAUUUACUAAAACUAGAUAAAAAGAUGAAAUGGCUCUUUUGGCCUUUAGCUGAUAUUUUCAACUCGGUGAUUGCAGCUGUGUUUCUCCUAGUUGUGUGCCUGUUUGCGAUAAUAAUCAAGACAAACUAUGGGACGCUGGUUGGGGGAGUGUUUGGCCUUGUAUUGCUCGUUCUGUGCAUUGUGGAUGCAGUUGUUCUUUUCCGGAAGAUCAGCCUCAGUGGACCCAGAGGAAGGAAUUACCCUACCAGAUGAGAGCUACCAUUUUAGCUAGAGAAUAAUUUCUCAGUCAAACAUUCCUGUUACUGUGUUCUUCUAAAGAAUUUGUAUUUUAAUGUGUUCGUGUGUUGGAAUUUCCUGUGUAUUUUUCUACAUUUUCACAAGUAUUGUUCAUUAGUAUUAAUAAUUCUUACACUUAAGUAUGUAUUUUCAGUGUUGCAGUUCCAGUGGUUUAAGCAUCUGUGCCCUGUGCUUUUCUAAACUUAUUUUUUUUCACAGAUGAAAAUGUAAUUUUAUAAUUGCCUUCUUCCUAUAAUAAAAAUGAAAGUGCAAA